CAGGCGUCAUCACGCUGCCGUUUUCUCGGUGACGCUAUUGGUGCGGGAAAGCCAACUUGUUGACAAACCUCGGACGGUUUAUCUCCUCGUGGCGGGGACUCGUUACACAGAGAUUGAAGUGUCGCAGGUCAUCUUAAUCUUCAUCCAUGGAGUCAGAGGGAGCUGAGUCCCGGUCGUCAGGCCCAGGGCCAAUUGAAGGUUUCCACUCUCUUCGUGAGCGUACGAUCGCAGAGAACAGCAUGGUAGUCCUGCUGCAGGGUCUGCAGGGACAGGUGACCACGGUGGACCUGAGGAAUGAGAGCACGGCACAGGGACGUGUCAUCAACGUGGACGCCUUCAUGAACAUACGGAUGCAGGAGGUGCUGUACACGGACCAGCGGGGUCAGCUCACCCGGCUACAGGACCUGUUCAUCACCGGCAGGAACAUCCGCUACGUUCACAUCCCAGACCACAUGGACAUAAUGAAGACCAUCGAGAGCCAGCUGGCCAAGAUCCACAGAGCCCGACACUUCGCCAGAGAAGGAGGAGGCAGAAAAGAGUUUGCCAAGAAAAAUAAAUGACUUUUCUCUUUCAUUCAAGGACACGAAACUCUGCUGCUUGUUUAAGUCCAAAAAUACUCAGAGACAAACCACUUAGAUCUGUAGAUCAGCACUUUAAGGUCUGAGGGUCACAAAGUGAGUUGAGGACAGAAAAACACACAAUCCGACUUUUGUCUCUUUUUUCAUUGUGAAAUAUUGGAAAGUUUCACUCCAGGUUUCUUAAAUCCUUAAAAUGAAACAAUCUGAGAAGUUUGGUUGAACUGCUCCCAACUUAUGUUUGAGUUAAAGUAUCAAACACGUUAAAUGGACUGAUACUCUUAAAAAAAUAAAUAAAGAUAUGACAGUUAUUUUCCUUAUUAAUUAAUCUACACAUUAUUUUCUUGAUUCAUUUAUUAAUAUUUUGUCUAGAAAAUAUGAAAAAUGCAGAUCUUAAGAAACAUUUUGUUUAAUCUAAACUAACAGUGGAAAACACAAAGAUACUGAUGUUUGUGAAGCCAUUUGUCAUUUUGACCAGAAACUAUCAAUUGAUUAUUGAAAUAGUUGCUGAUUACUUUUCUGUUAAUCAAUUUAUCAGCUAAUUGUUGCAGCUUUAGAAAUAACAAACCUUUUUUGAUGAAGAAUAGUAAGUCAGAUGUUCCACAGUGGAGAAAUAAUCUGGUCAGCGCCAUCUGGUGGACACACUGAUGACGACACUGUUUCUGGGAGUUAAAAAACAAUGAAUUCAGUUUCCUCAAAAAGAUGCGAACACUGUUACAAUAGUUGCUGAGCACAAACAUUAAAAGAACAUUUUCUUAAUACAUAGAGAUGCUGAUGAGCUUUCUUAAAAAUAACAUAAAUGUUAGAUUCAAAUGAAAAGAAGUUUUCUGUCAGCACCUAAAAUUUCUGUAAUUAUCUACCAGAGGGAUUUUGGGCUGAGUCAUGUAGUGAUGGAGGCAUCAUUCAACAUAAGCUGACAGUGACUGUGUCUUCAGCAAAUUUAAUAAAGUCAUACAGACUUUGCCGAGAAAGAAAGUUUUUCUGCAAGAAAAUGUGGCCCAAAGAAAAGCUGAUGAAAAAUGAAAUAAAUUCAUUCUCCUGCCAAAAACCUGUUACUGUACAACUCCUUUAUAACAUCAUGAGGUUCCAUUAUAACAACUUUACAACAACUCAGUUAUAACAACUUUAUAAUCACUCCAUUUCAACAGCUUCAUAUUGACUCCAUUAUAAGGCUCCGUCGUCAUAACUUUUUAAUGACGCCAUUAUAACAACUCUGUUAUAACAACUCCAUUAUAACAACUUUAUGACUCCAUCACAUUAAUUCCGUUACAUCACAGAACUGGUUUAUUUAAAUAAAAUGGAACAUGUCACA